UUUGCAAGCCAGGGCUGUUAAUCAAAACAAAACGAAAGUAUAUUUUCGAUGUUUUCUGAUUAUGUCGGUUAUUAUCGCAGAAACACAAGCCGCCAACAGAGAUUCAACAAUUUGGCACCAAUGGUGUCGCCUGUGUUCCAAGGAGCAUCCAACGAACCAAAAUAUAUUCUUCAGGGAGGAGAAACAGAACUCCUGGACGAGCACAAUGGCCAUGACCAUUGGCAAAUACUUUUGGGUCGAUAUCAAAAGGGAGGAUGAGCUCAGCAAUUUCCUAUGUGCCGAAUGCUUCACAUUAAUGGACUGUCUCAUCGAGUUUUCCGAGAGGGUUCGCAAAGUGCAGAUCCUUUUCAGCAAAUUGCAGUCGUUAAAACCUGAUCCGUUGAUGGAUUAUGAGCGAAUUCGAGAGGAGUGCGGUGUAGCCACCGAUGGAUGGAAGCAUAUAAUGCUCGGCGCAGUGGAAGCAAAUCUUCUCCAGAAUGAGGAAGAAUUAAUCAGUGAGGAACAGCCAAUAGUCUGCGAAACAGUAACAUCCAGUAGAAUGGAAGGUGAAAUCCUAAUGAUGCCAAAUUUGUUGGUGGCAGAACAAUGUCUUCAGGAAAAACAAGAAUUUCUCAAGGAGGAACAUAUUGUCGAGGAAAUGCAAAUUUCUGGAAUAGAGGAGGAGGUGUUAGAAGAAGAGGUGGAAGACCUUGCGGAGGAAGAGGUUGAAACUGUAGAGGAAGAUAUUGAAACUGUGGAGGAAGAGAUUGACACUGUGGGCGAUGAGGUUGGAGCUGUGGAGGAAGAGGUGGAGCCCCAUGACUCUUCAGAUUGCUUAGUGGAAGUUCAUCACAUGACAGAGGAACGCUAUAUCGACGAGUCGCAGAUUAUAGAGGAAAGCCAAGUUUCAGAUUUCAACAUGGAAACAUAUGAAAUAGUCCAACACGAUCCGCAAAAAGAACCUGAAGAACCGAAAGACACCGCAGAGUCCAUGGAAUCAAACGAGGAUACCCAGGAAGAUAUCUCCCCAGAGCAUGUGACCGAUGAGGAGGAUGAAAUACCCGAGGAACCGGCUAUGUAUAAGUGCAAUAUUUGCAAAAAGCCAUAUAAGAAACCUAAAGCCUACAAGCGACACAUGGAAGAGGUUCACAACACUGUGGCCGAGGAUCUGCCGCAGUUAGAGUGCAACCAGUGCAAACUACGCUUUCCAAGCGUCGCCCAGCUGCACUCCCACCACCGAACCCAUGUCCGAGUCAAAGCAAAGACAGAUAACUCGUGUCCGCACUGCGAAAAGCGCUUCACCACCCCGGGAACACUUAAGCGACAUAUAGAAGGCAUCCAUAACCAAAUAAAGCCCUAUGUCUGCGACCUCUGCGGCAAGAGCUUUAACUACAUUACUGGGCUGAAGGACCACAAACUUGUGCACACAGAUGAGUGUCCCUUCGAGUGUCCCGAGUGCAAGCGACGCUUUAAAAACAAUGCGAGGUUAAAGAUCCAUUUAGAUACGCACAGUGCCGAGAUCUACGAGUGCACCGUAUGCGGUUUGAAGCUAAAAACCCGUCGCACAUUCAACAAGCACAAACUGGUGCACUCAGAUACACGGCAAUUUAAGUGUGAAGUAUGCGGUUCGUCGUUCAAGCGAAGCAAGACGCUAAAGGCACAUCUCAUCCUUCACACCGGCAUCCGGCCGUACAAGUGCAACUUUUGCGGAAGAGACUUCGCCAACGGCUCCAAUUGUCGAUCGCACAAACGACAGGCGCAUCCCAAGGAACUGGCCGAAGAGGAAGCUCGCGGAGUGACACGUUCCACUCUUCUUCCAAUGCUGGACGAACUGACAAAGGCGUCCAAGCUUUUAAAAACACCCGCAGGACCUUCCAAAGUAAAGGGUAGCAGGCCAAAAGUUCCGCCCAAAAAGCAAGAUAAUGACAAUGAAUCUCCAACGAAAGACACCGAUGGUGCCAUCCUUUAUGAGCUGGUUGAGGAGCUCGAUUACUCUUAAGUAUUUAAAUAAACUUUAAU